CCUGGGCUUGCGGCUCUGUCAUUACCGCGGGCCAGUGGGGGCACCUCCAGAGCAGCAUGAGGGAGUGCCUUUCCAUCCACAUUGGCCAAGCUGGCAUCCAGAUUGGGGAUGCUUGCUGGGAACUCUACUGCCUGGAACAUGGAAUCCAGCCAGAUGGCAUUGCUCUCAACAGUGAAAAGGAUCAGGUGGAGAAUGCUAAAAUGGAGCAUAUGGACGUGUCUUCCAAUACCUUCUUCAGGGAGACGAGAGCUGGAAAGCACGUGCCCAGAGCAUUAUUCAUGGACCUGGAGCCGACUGUGAUAGAUGGGAUCCGAGGUGGCCAGCAGCGCUCACUCUUCCCCCCAGAGCAGCUCAUCAGCGGGAAGGAAGACGCCGCAAACAACUACGCCCGAGGCCGCUACUCUGUGGGUGCGGGCAUCAUCCACCUUGUGCUGGAGAGGAUCCGAAAGCUGGCGGAGCACUGCGCUGGGCUUCAGGGAUUUUUGAUUUUCCGGAGCUUUGGCGGAGGGACUGGGUCGGGAUUCACGUCUCUCUUAAUGGAGCAGCUCUCGGCUGAAUAUAGCAGGAAGACGAAGCUGGAGUUCUCGGUCUAUCCAGCCCCCAGGAUCUCCACGGCUGUAGUAGAACCUUACAACUCCGUCCUCACCACCCACUCCACCAUGGAGCACUCGGACUGCACCUUCAUGGUGGACAACGAGGCCCUCUUUGACAUCUGCCACCACAGACUUGGUGUCGAGAGCCCCUCUUACACCAGCAUUAAUAGGCUGGUGGGUCAGGUGGUAUCUUCCAUUACUGCUUCCCUCCGGUUUCAAGGGCCCUUGAAUGUGGACCUGGUUGAAUUCCAGACCAACCUAGUACCUUAUCCAAGGAUACAUUUCCCCAUGACAGCCUUUGCCCCUAUCAUCUCCGCCACCAGCGCCUACCACGAGGAGCUCUCCGUGUCCGACCUCACCGCUGCUUGCUUUGACUUCUCCAGUCAGCUGGUCAAGUGCAACCCUCGGCUGGGGAAGUACAUGGCCUGCUGCCUACUCUACAGAGGGGACGUGGUCCCUAAAGAUGUGAAUGCUGCCAUUGCAGCCAUGAAGUCGAGGAACUCCGUGCAGUUUGUAGACUGGUGUCCAACGGGUUUCAAGGUGGGCAUCAACAGCCAGCCACCCAUGGUGCUGCCAGGAGGGGACCUGGCCAAGGCCCAGCGGGCUGUGUGCAUGCUGAGCAACACCACGGCGGUCGCGGAGGCCUGGGCCCGCCUGGACCACAAGUUUGACCUCAUGUACGCCAAGAGGGCGUUUUUGCAUUGGUACAUCCGGGAAGGCAUGGAGGAGGGCGAGUUCCUGGAGGCCAGAGAAGACUUGGCGGCCCUGGAGAAGGAUUAUGAGGAAGCGGGGCAGAAUCCCUGAUGCCCAGGUGGCUGGGGAGGAGGCAGGCUCUGAGUGCAACGCUUUCUUUCUAAGACAUUAUCUGUGCUUAGCGGGUAGACGUCCCCUGAUUGGAAGAAACGGGACGCCAAGUCAAGCAAGACCCGAAGUUCCACACUAAAUCAGAUGGGUCAGUAUCAACAAUGAGCUCUUAUUUCCUUGGCUGCUAGUGCAGUUCAGCACAGCUACCUCUUAGGUUUGGGGUCCUUUGAGCUUCUGGACUAUGUCUAUGUUUCUUUCUUUCCUUCUUUUCUUCCUUUCUUUCUUUCUUUCUUUCUUUCUUUCUUUCUUUCUUUCUUUCCUCAUAAUGGAAACCAAGCUUUAUUCUUGGCUUUUGCAACAAAAGGCCAUGACCCCCUGAAGUCAGUGCUCUUGCUUUCCCUUUCCUGAGGUGUAAAACAGCACAUGUUAAUUAUUAAUGUUAUUUCCCCCAUGUCUGUAUUUUGUACAUUGAUUAAAGAAUGAAUUAUUUUCAG